AUGUCGACCAUGGAGGAAGAGUCGCUGGCUGUUGCCCAGCUCAGAGUGUUCCGCGAAUCACUGAUCGAGAAGAACGAGUAUUACCAUGCCUUGUUGUCGCGAGAAAUGGAAUACGAAGUUGUCGUCCAGGACAUCUCAAAACUGGGCGAUCAGAGCAGAACAUAUGAGUCUCGGAGGCAACUGACCAUAUACUCACAUCAGACACGAAACGCAUUCGUCGACAAGAGAGACACCGAAAAGCGAAUUGCAAGGCUGGAACUUGCGGUCGCCGAGGAAAUCGCUGAUGCAAAUCGUUCCUGGUGGAAGAGGAACACGAACAAGGGGAAGAUCACCGCGGCAGCAAUGCCAGCGACGGAUCAGGGAGCACAGCUCACAAACCACGAUGAGUCAAGUAUAGUGGCAGCGGAGCUUGCACAAGAGAAGAGUGCAUUCCGGUCGAAAGCAGCGUCGCCAAAGACUACAGCUGAUCAGGAGUCCUCGCUGCCAACACAAACGCCACAUCAACAUCAUUCACGACAGACCCCCAUAUAUCCUCCCACGAAGGUGACUUCUGCCUUUGAACUUCAGGGUCACUCAAUCACAACCACCUGGGCCCAUGAGGAUGACAGCGACUGGGGGAGAGAUAUUGAGACAAGUGUCUAUGAAGCCGUCGUUCGCAACCCAGUCACUGCACAUUCACCUCCCUCUACCAAACUCUCACCCCUCAUAGCACCGACCAUCGAUCUUCCGCGCCCGAAUGUCCCGCCUCUCGGAAACCACUUCGGGUCGAAGACAUACGCCGACCUUCCAGAUGUCCUCCUUCCCCCUGAUAUUACCCAUACUACCGCUCCAUCUGGAGAAACUCACAACUACUUUAUCAAAGCUCCGAUUGCCCUACUUGUCCUUUGGAUUAUGUUGAAAUUGAUGAGCAUACUCUACAAUGGCUUGUCCGACAACUACAACGAAGACAUAUCAGACGAAGCGCCGCCACCAGUACCACCUAGGUAUAUACAGCCGGAGUUUCCAGAGGGCCCCCAAUACCCUUUAUCAUGGGCGGCUGCAUACGCCGACAGACAAAUGUUGAUGCGGAUGGGAGAUCCAGAACCCGGAGCACCCGUCAGCUCGCGACUACUAACCGGCCAUAUCCGAGGCAGCCAAGUCCAUUUCAAUGCGCAGACCUUGUUGAACAAGUACCGCCAAACGCAUCGGAGGACUGCUACGUCGGACUGGAAGAAAUACAACUGGUCCCACGAGAGGGAGGGCUACCUGGCAGCCCAGAAAGCCAAGAAGGAAUUGGCUGAGCAGGAGAAGACUGCUAAAAGCAGUCCCAGCAGGGAGAUGCCUCGUCCGCCCGUCUUGGAGAAGACAAUCUCUGGAUUGCCACCUGGCGAGGAAGCAGUCCGCCCGCAAAGCAGCAUUCGUGGGGUGGCGCCCCUGAAGCCGAUACAGAAGACUGCCCCCAGCAUCGCCCCCUUGCAGGCGUCUUCAAAGACCACACUUGGGAGUCAAGCCCCUGAGGAUGUACCAUAUCUUCAACUCCCAGUGGCCGAAAACCCAGUUCUGGCAAAACUGUGGAACAAGGUUCCCGAGGACGUCCGCAAGUAUGUGAGAUCUGACAUCACAACGUUGCGUCUUCGGCCACGCGACACGCCAAGUACGGAUGAUCUUGGCAACAGACGGACGUGUGGUGCCUGGGCGCUUGCGGGCUCGUUGGUCGCCGCUCUGGACCCUCACAUACUAGAUGUGCCGGCCAUGAAGGAGCGCAGGAAGGUGUACUACAAAAAACUCCUUCCUCACAUGGAGUUGACGGACGAUGACAAAAACGACGUUAUCAGAAUCUGUGGCGCCACCGACUGGAUGUCGGUGGACAGGGGAACUCGAGAGGACUUGUCGUCGGCUGAUGAUCGAAGGAGCCGAGAGAAGCCGGGGCCCAAGGGCACAAAGGAUUACACCAUAACGCAGCUCGAGAAGGGGCUGAAGAAGUUUUGCCGCGCAGAAGGGUAUCCGGACUUCCGCUUCUUGUAUGCGCAGGUGCUGGCUGAAGAAGCCUCGGGGCUUCCGGUGACAUCGGAGCAGGGCGCGCUGAGCACAUAUCGGUUCUCGGAGCCAGGCGUCACGGAAGACCCCAGGGCGCCAGUCCUGUGGGUGCGGGUUGUGGAGAUGGUGAAGGGGGAUGGAAGGCACUACGAGGCGAUGGUGGAGUUGUUGCGCGGUGAAAAGGAGUCGGGAUUUGGUCGAUAG